UACUUUAGAUAAUGCAUUUCAGGAAAAGGACUGAAAGCAUGAUUGUGGAUAUGUCUGUUGCGUUUUACCCAUAAAGCUUUCAACUACAUCACAAAAAUCAAGAAUGCCAACAAAAACACCCGGUGAAUGUAAUUUCAGCGUUUAAGCUUACAGAGCAGCUGUAGGGAAUCAUCGUGAGAAUUAAUACACAGGCUACUGCUGGCGUUAUAUAUUCAUUAUGGAUUUAUAUAUUUAAACACUUGUUUUUCUUUUUGAUCUCCAGCGUAGGCCUACUGCUUACGGUGAUGCUUUUGAGAAGGGAACUCACCUUUUAAAUCAGUUCGGAUAAAUAAAUGCUUGCGUUUACUAAAUGGUAUUUGUGUUUUAAGAAAAAAAAGGUUUCCAACACAUUAAUCCAACCUCGUGUUUUGUUUAUUUGCUGUAUUUUUCCCCCGAGGAUUAUUAGGAAAAGACAUUGUCAUCUCUGCGAAUUUCAAUUAGACGUUUGUCAGUGGGUAAAAAUGCAUAUUAAUGAUUCGCAAUUCUGAGAAGGUUUGCAUUCGAUUAUUUAUAAAAUACUGUGAAAUAUAUCAGACAUAAUAUUUCAAGUGUAAUGGUUACGAGAUUAAAAUAAUUUAAAAUGAAUAAAAGCAAAUUGUAUCACUUAAAGAAUACAGAACUCUUUAUUGGGAUAAACAUGAAGCAACGGUGACAUCAAAAACUUAUUUUUGCAAAGUAAGCUCCAUAGGAUAUUAAAUAUAUGUUUUUUUUUUAAAUAAGAAAUUGACUUUAAAUGUAAUCAAACCCUACACUCGGAGAAGCUUCGCUAGGUAAAUGAAAAGAUAGGUACUAAUUACACAUAUCUUUUUAAGAUGAUAACUCGAUCUAUACUCAAAUGUUUUUUAUGACAGAAAAAAAGGAAAAAAGUCUGCAUGUCUGCUUGCCCGCAAAAACACACUUAGGUUUAACUGUACAUUAAUGGGUUUGUAUCUAUCUAUCCAUGCCUACUACGUCAAAGAAACAUAUCAUUGAAUAACAUUAAAUAGGCUAUGAUUUACAUUUUAAACACAGUACUGUAGUGUAACCGGCUACAAUGCCACUCAUGUGCAGUGGCAUAAUACAUGAACACAGUUAACUUUAAACGAAUUCAAGUUAUCAUUUAUAUUUGUAUACUCCAUUAAAGGAAAAUUGGAAAAUAAAUCCCUCGGUUCUGUCUGAAAUCCUCGAUUGGUAGAUUCUCAGGUCUGUGCGUGUCCCUCUAUAAAAACAGGCAUUAGGACCCUGCAGAGCUCCUCCUCUUUCUUGUAGUUUUGUGUUUCCCUGUCUCAGGCUGCAGUGAAUUAGGAGCCGAAUGUCAGCAGGUGGAAAAAGAACAAAAAAAGGUGGAUAUUUGACGGAAGAUCAGAGAAGUCUCGUUGACAUGCUCUGGGAUGAGCGCAAACUACCGCCAGUUCAAGUGAUUUCCCGGUGUUAGGGAUUGAUUCAAACUCGCCCUGGUUUCUCCUGCGCGUUCACAGGGGUUUUACCGGCUAAACCACACUGAGCAACAUCUUCCUGCAGCAGUGUGCUCUUAGGCUCAACUUUCCCAUUGUCUUCAUCUUUCUGAAGAUCAGUCCAGGGAUAGCAAUUCUUCCUUUCAGGUACAAAUGUCAGCUAUGAAGAGGAAACUGCACGCUUUUGAAUAUUUAUGUAUUUGCCUUUGGCUGAUGAUGUUUUGGCAAGCAAGAUCAGGAGAGGCCAACUCCCUGGAAGAUGAAGCCAAAAAUAACAUCACCAUCUUUACAAGAAUUCUUGACAGGCUUCUGGACGGCUAUGAUAAUCGACUUAGACCUGGAUUAGGAGACCGAGUAACAGAAGUGAAGACUGACAUCUAUGUUACCAGUUUUGGACCUGUUUCUGAUACAGAUAUGGAAUACACAAUAGAUGUUUUCUUCCGACAAAGCUGGAAAGACGAGCGGUUAAAAUUUAAUGGACCAAUGAACAUCCUCCGAUUAAACAACCUGAUGGCUAGCAAGAUCUGGACCCCAGACACAUUCUUUCAUAAUGGGAAGAAAUCUGUGGCACACAACAUGACCAUGCCAAAUAAACUGCUAAGAAUCCAAGACGAUGGAACGUUGUUGUACACAAUGAGACUGACUGUUCAGGCCGAAUGCCCAAUGCAUCUUGAAGAUUUUCCAAUGGAUGCCCAUGCUUGCCCAUUGAAGUUUGGCAGCUAUGCCUACACUACCUCAGAAGUGACAUAUAUUUGGACACGCAAUGCCACUGAAUCAGUAGUGGUUGCAGAAGAUGGUUCCAGGUUGAAUCAGUACGAUUUGCUCGGGCAAACUGUUGGACAAGAAACUAUUAAAUCCAGCACAGGUGAAUAUACAGUCAUGACAGCACAUUUUCACUUGAAAAGGAAGAUUGGCUACUUUGUGAUUCAGACUUAUUUGCCAUGCAUCAUGACAGUCAUUCUGUCUCAAGUGUCGUUUUGGCUGAACAGAGAAUCUGUCCCUGCCAGGACUGUCUUUGGAGUAACAACUGUGCUGACGAUGACAACUCUGAGUAUCAGCGCUCGCAAUUCCUUGCCUAAAGUGGCUUACGCAACAGCCAUGGACUGGUUCAUAGCUGUGUGUUAUGCCUUUGUCUUCUCUGCAUUGAUAGAAUUUGCCACAGUGAAUUACUUUACAAAGCGUGGAUGGGCCUGGGAUGGUAAAAGUGUAGUGAACGAUAAGAAAAAAGAAAAAGCCUCCGUCAUUAAGAAAAACAAUGCAUAUGCGGUAGCUGUUGCUAACUAUGCACCAAAUAUCACCAAGGACUCUGUACUGCCCACAAUUUCAAAAAGUGCCACAGCAGAUCCGAACAAGGCAAAGCCAGAAGCAAAACCACAGGAAGCCAAGAAGACAUUCAACAGUGUAAGCAAAAUCGACAGAAUGUCCAGGAUACUGUUCCCAGUUUUAUUUGGGUCCUUUAACUUGGUGUAUUGGGCCACGUAUUUAAACAGAGAACCAGCCAUAAAAGAUCUUGUACCAUCAAAGUAGAUGGACAGAUCCUACUGAAUAACAUUCUAAGUAUCGGACUGAGGACAUGCCAAAUACAACAAAUAACUGCUAAUCUAUGUGCUAACAUAAGAUAGCCAGGCACUAACCCUAAAGUACCGUGUUUACUUAUACCCAGCAGUGCAUUUUUUAUAGAAUUGCUAUUAGGGGGUUACAUUAUUAUUAUGUAAUUUAUUUUCCACAAUAUGUACAAUCUCUAAUUUUGGUAAUAUUUCUUGAAAUAUAGUCAUGCUUAUAGUCCCCACAGAAUAUAAUUCCUUUCUGUUGCUGUAGGAUAAAAGAAGGUAUGCCUUGUCAUGUAUUUAUUUAUUUUUUCCUUUUUUUAUGUAUAAACUCUUGUAGUCUUGUCUUCAGUUAGUGGAGUUUUAGAGGACCAAAACACCUACAAGUGCUUACAUUUCAAAAAAAAAUCAGAACAAAAUAUUUUAUAUUUAAUUUUCAGUAAUAUAAAGGGACUUUUUAAAAACCACUAUAAAAGUAAACAUUCUAUUUUAUUGAGCUUGACUAAGUUUGCCUUUUUAAUAAUUCGCUCACAUACUGGUACAAACGAGGAAUUGUUAAUAAGAUAUUGGUUGAUACAAUACAUGCAGCGUACCCCUUUUGUAUAGGCUCAGAUGUGAUGUCUCCUAUAAAACAAGGAAUGUCCGAAUUAUGGAUUAUAGUAAAAAAACAUUUUGUAGCUGUUAUGAAUUAUAGGGUGGGCCAUAUAAAAGGGAUCUGCAAAUCACCCAGAUACUACCCUAAUCCUAACCCCAUUUAAAUGCAUAUUCUUUCAUAUAAAGGCUUUCAGUUCAUCUGUGGAGUGAAAUGGGGGUCUACCAUAAACUUUCUGAUCUAAAGCAAACACAACAAAUCCAAUACAGUAGUUUGGGAGAACAUUGGGAGAAAAGUGACCUUUGAUGAUAACUUCAAAAGUAUGCAUCUUGUCCUGGACGUACAGUACAGGGACAGUUCAAUUGUGGUAGAUGUAGUAUUAUUAAAAAUAUAUAUAUAUAUGUAUGUGAUAAACAUUUCAACUAAAAAUCUUCUAGUUGAAGCAUUUGUGGACAUGUUUUUUAAGGUACAUGAACUCUUGAAAAGUGGCUCUGCUCGGUUGUAAUGCUAAGUAAUCUGAUACUUUGAUCUGGUAUCUUUUGAGCAUUCUGAAGUAACACUCCAAAGCAGCAUAACAAUAAAUACACAAAUACAUCAUAUUUUGAGUUGCUCUCUGCAUCAUUUUCAGCAUUGUUACAUACAUUUAUAUGACGCCCCCCCCCCCAUCCCUAACCCUAACUCUAACCUAACCCCCCUAUCCCUAAUCGUUUUCUGAUACAAUUGUUAUUAUUUAUUUCUUAGCAGAUGUGUAUUUACAUAUAUUAUGCAAAAAUAGUUACACAUUAAGUACAUUGUAACUAUGCAUAAUAACACUGUAAUUAUGUGUAAAUACACAUGUAUUUACUAUGUAAAUACACAGUAAUUAGCAACACAAUGGAAAGUGUUACCCCCUUUUCUUUAAGCAAUGUCAUUAUUGAUUUUAGGUAACAGUCAGAUGUUAUUACUUUUGAAACAUCCCUCUUACCAUUUUCUAUAUAAAAUAAAUGCUGGACUACUUUACACAGCAACAUUUUACAGAGGUAAAAAUAAAAUCAAAUACGACAUACAAAAGCUAAUUUCCCUUAUGAGUCAAAUGGUUUGGGGAUUUUUUUUUAAUAUAUAUAUAUAUAUACAUACAUUAGCAGUUGUUAGUUGAUCUGAACAUGGUUGAAUCUUUGUUAUAAAACUUUUUAUUGUAAGUAAAUAUGUAGUUUAGUGCAAAUCGUCACAGUAGUGUACAGUAAUGAUUUUAAUACAUUCAAAGGUGUGGUACACAAACAAUCUCAGUACAAUGUAAAAAAUAAAUGUUAACAAAAUUGAAAAAAGUAUGUAAAUCAGACAUUUACUUGCUAAUUUAUUUAAUUGUUUAUUUUGUUUGUUGUGGAACUUUUAAAUGCUUUGCGUGAUGGUAUUUCUGUCAAGGUCACAAAUAUCAAUAAAAAAAAAAAGAUCUUGGCACCAGUGAUUCAGUCCCCACUGACUAAAACCUAUUAAAUUCUUGCAUUCAGGGAGAAAUAAAUGUCAAUAGUUUAAUUUACCCAUGCUGGUAUAGAAUAUGAAAUAAAGGGGAAAUGCACUUUAAAACACACAACAUAUAAGAUUAAAAACCCAUUGAGCCACAUGGAUUAGAAAGUCUGCCUCUUCCAAUACAUGCAAAGGAUGUGUAAUCGUAUAGUAUGUUAAGCAACUGAUACUGUCCGUCUGCCUUACUCUGAUGAGCAGAUGCAAGCCAGAUGACAAGUGCAACUUUACGGGUUUGCUUUAUAACAGAUUAACAUCUACAAACUCUCUGGGAAUGUAGUCUGCUGUAGAGAAAGCUGUUUUAGAGAAUGAAGUUCUUGGCAUUCUUCAGUCUUCCAGUCUUGGAAUUAUACACCUGCUACUAUAUACUAAUGAAGACAGGGUGUGAAGAUUAUAUGAAAGACCACCUUUGUACUGUUUUAUUAUAUUAACUGGAAGAGAUUAACAGUGCCACAGUCUUUAUAGUUAUAACCAAACAAAGCUGCCUUCCACAUGUUCUAGCCUGUUCUUGGUUCUAAUUUACUACAGUAAUGUACUACUGUAAUUUAAUAAAGAGGAAUGUUCUAAUAUGAUAAGCAGUUUUUAUUUAUUUAUUUAUUUAUUUAUUUAUUUAUUUAUUAUUAUUAUUAUUAUUAUUAUUAUUAUUAUUAUUAUUAUUAUUAUUAUUAUUAGUUGUAGUAGUAGUAGUCGUAGUAGUCAUAGUUGUAGUAAUAGUAGUGGUAGUCGUAGUAUUGCACAUUUUAAAACUGACGAAGUAAGGAGAUAUAUAUUGGCUUUGCCUUUGCAUACUAUCAGCGCAUUUUGGUUAUGAAUCUACUUCCAGGAUUCUUAUGUUUUGCUUCCUCCUCCCCACCUACCACCUCUCUACGCUGCUACUUAAAUGAUUGUACAGUAGGUACCUGAUUCUGCCAUUGUUCAACUUGUAAACAUGAAGUAGCUAGCAUGGCUGCUUACUUCCCCUCUUUUGAAAUGCAAGAACAGUGGCCAAAGAAUAAUGUGUACAUACAUCAUUUUACUUAAUAAAGAGAUAA